CGCAAGUAGCGCAGAACCCGGAUGCUGAUGCUGCUCGUGUCGGAUGGGGAAAAGGAAUACAGGGAGAGUGAGAGCUAGAAAACAGAGAAAGGCCCCACUGACAGAGGGUCUGCUAUCCCUGCGGUCUCAAGGCAACCGAGGCGAACGGAUUAAAGCCAGGCGGUUUCAAGCGACUGUAACUCAAACUCGAGAGAAUGAGUCCACGCGCGGUAGCCGAGGCGACGGGAGGAGAGCGCGAGAAGAUGCUGUGAUAUGCACAUAGCCAGCGCGAGCGGGAGGGAGGGGGAGAGGAGGCUCCUACGCUAGUUAAAGAUGCUUGUUUUUUGACCAGGAAUGUGUUCCGUACGCAUAAAGCAAGGGAUUUCUGGGCAAACACUAGAUCUUACAAUAGCGCAAUGUACACUUGACACGCGCACUGUGGAUUAAUAGGCGGAUUCAUGUGACGGAAGACACUGAGGCUUUCUUUCGCGAAAGGGUGGCUGUUUUCUCCCGUGCAAUUCUCCCAUAUUUCCGGAUGUGAGGCCUGGAAGAGACCGUAGUUUAUAUCAGGCUCAUCCUUCACAUCCACACAUUGAUUCAAAUAAGACGAAACACUUUCAAGGGUCGUUGACAAAAGAAGGAGACACUAAAUCUUAGACAGAAUAAUACGUGUAAGGUGUCACAAACCGGAUGUGCGGCUCUUUCGCAGGAUAGAUGUGGCCAAGUUUUUAAUAAAUAGGUCACUUCCAGUUUGACUUUAACGGGAUGCCUCAUAAACAUAUUUCUUGAAGAUAAGAAAAUACCGGCGAAUAUAAACAGAUGACCGAACCAGGCUAUCUAAUAAUCCCGUUAUCUUUAUCUGUCUUCAAUAUUCAUAAUCAUUGUACUGUUGCUCACAGCUAUUAUCUGAUGUAGUCAUUUAGUGUUAGCCCAUAUACUGACAGAUUUAAUCGUGUCCCCUUAUCAUUCUUCCAACAGACACCACAGGCCGCGUAAAUCGCAAUAACAGCUGUAAUUUGGCAUAUAGGCUCGGCUGGUCGCGCACCCCUUGUUUAUUUUUGAUAUUUUCGAACGGAAAAUGUUAGCGAUCGAUUUCCAGCAACUUUAAGGAGACGGCAGAUGUUUGGGAGUAGGCCACGGCACUGACAUCACGCCUCAGCAUCCCUGUGUCAUCGCUCACCGUCUGUGAUGUCUGUACGGCGGAGCUAUUACGUGAGCAGGACAGGCACCAGUGGAUACAUUGUGAAAAUACACUGAUUUACCCCCUUAUAUUGUGACACAACAUCGCUGUCGAACGAAAUGUCCAGUAAGGAGUUGUCGGGGAGUCAGGCAGCUCAGUAUGUCGGGCCCUACCGACUGGAAAAGACGCUGGGGAAGGGCCAGACAGGUCUGGUGAAGUUAGGAGUUCACUGUAUCACAGGACAGAAGGUGGCCAUAAAAAUAGUUAACAGAGAAAAGCUAUCAGAGUCUGUUCUUAUGAAAGUGGAGAGAGAGAUAGCUAUUCUUAAACUAAUAGAGCACCCUCAUGUCCUAAAACUGUAUGAUGUGUACGAGAAUAACAAAUAUCUGUAUCUAGUGCUGGAACAUGUAUCUGGUGGGGAGCUAUUUGACUACCUGGUAAAGAAAGGCAGAUUGACCCCUAAAGAAGCUCGAAAGUUCUUCAGACAAAUCAUAUCUGCUCUAGACUUCUGUCACAGUCACUCUAUAUGCCACAGAGAUCUUAAACCUGAAAACCUCCUGCUGGAUGAGAAGAAUAAUAUCAGGAUUGCUGACUUUGGCAUGGCCUCCCUACAGGUUGGGGACAGCCUGCUGGAGACCAGCUGUGGAUCACCCCAUUAUGCAUGUCCUGAGGUCAUCAGGGGAGAGAAAUACGAUGGACGCCGGGCAGAUGUAUGGAGCUGUGGGGUUAUUCUCUUUGCUUUGUUGGUGGGAGCGUUGCCCUUUGACCAUGAUAACCUGCGUCAGCUGUUGGAGAAGGUGAAGAGUGGAGUAUUUCACAUGCCUCACUUCAUUCCUCCAGACUGCCAGGCUCUCCUCCGUGGCAUGAUUGAGGUCAACCCUGAGAAACGCCUCACGUUGGAAGAAAUACAAAAGCACCCCUGGUAUCAAGGGGGCAGGAAUGAGCCAUGUCCAGAGCAGCCACCCCCGAGGCGCGUGUGUGUGAAGAGGAUUCUGUCUCUUACAGAUCUGGACCCUGAUGUUCUGGAGAGCAUGCAUUCCUUGGGCUGCUUCAGAGACCGUGUCAAGCUUACCAGAGACCUGCAGUGUGAAGAAGAAAACCAGGAGAAGUUGAUCUACUACCUUCUGUUGGACAGAAAGGAGCGCUACCCUAGUUAUGAAGAUGAACAUCUUCCCCCUAGAAAUGAUAUUGAUCCUCCCCGUAAGCGGGUGGACUCGCCCAUGCUGACCCGUCAUGGGCGCUGUCGGCCGGAGAGAAAGAGUCUGGAAGUACUGAGUGUGACAGACCAGGGCUCUCCAACACCUCCCCGCAGAGCACUGGAUACCUCUGCACAUAGCCAGAGGUCCCGGUCAGUUAGCGGAGCUUCAACUGGUCUCUCAUCCAGUCCCCUCAGCAGUCCUCGAAGCCCAGUUUUCACUUUCAGCCAAACUGAAGUCACCUCUGCUUCCACCGCCCAGUCUAAAGACCCCAAAGCAGGAAGUUCCACCACACCCCGGGCAUCCCAACGUGUGCCUGACCAAAAAACCCAGACCCUGCCCUCAAAAGCAGCCUCUGACCGUCCCCACCUGCAGUCUAUGAAGUCCCUCCCCCUGCAGACUCCUCCGUCUCCUUCGCCUUCCCCCUCUCCGCUCCUGUCCCCCAUCCCUCGCUUCUUCUUCCCUGCUCCUUCUGUCCUGAAGUCUGUCACUAAGACCAUCUAUCCUAACUCUGCCCAUGUGUCGCAGGUCACCCCACAGGGCUCCCCACUCCCCACCCCUCUGGGGACCCCUGUGCACCAUCCCCAGCACCCCCCACCCACCCCGCCCUCCUCCUCCUCCUCUUCUUCCUCCUCACGAGCUGAAGGAGGUGGUGGUGGUGUGGGUGGUGGUUCCCUGUCCCUAACCCCGCCCUCCAGUCCUGGGGGAAGUGGUGGAAUGGCUGCCAGUAGUUCAGCCCACUGGAGGACACGACUCAACUCCUUCAAAAACAACCUGCUAGGAUCGCCACGGUUCCACCGCCGAAGGCUACAGGUUCCUACAUCAGAAGACAUGUCCAGUUUAACUCCAGAGUCCAGCCCAGAGCUGGCAAAGAAGUCUUGGUUUGGAAAUUUCAUCAGUCUGGAGAGGGAAGAGCAAAUUUUUGUGGUGAUCAGAGACAAACCACUAAGCUCUAUUAAGGCCGACAUUGUCCAUGCCUUUCUAUCAAUUCCCUCCCUGAGUCACAGUGUGAUCUCUCAGACAAGUUUCCGGGCAGAAUACAAGUCCUCUGGAGGUCCGUCUGUCUUCCAGAAGCCUGUCAAAUUUCAGGUUGACAUCGCUUUCUCUGAAGGAGAGAGAGAACGAGAGAGGGAGAAAGACAGAGACAGGGAGGGAAGGAGGGAGACUGGCAUUUACAGCGUCACCUUCACCCUGUUAUCAGGUCCUAGUCGCAGGUUUAAAAGAGUGGUAGAGACCAUUCAAGCUCAGCUUCUCAGUACACACGACCAGCCCUCCGUGCAGGCGCUUGCAGAUGAGAAAAAUGGGCUUUCGUCUCGCCCACCCAGCACACCGACCCGUCAGAACUCUCAUCGCUCGGAGAGCGGAGGUGAUCGCAGUGAGCGAGCAGAACGCAGCGAUCGAGGAGAAGGGAGCAGUAUUGGCGGUAGUGCCAGUGUUCUACAAAGGAAGGGGUCUGGCAAGGAUAAAACUCGCCUCCUUUCCUCAAAUGGGACCCAGUCUCAGCCCUAAGUGAACUAAUCAGACAAGCUGUUGAGCAGGUGGGGACAAACCCCUCCUUUGAUUCCCCCCAGACAUGACUCCCUCAAAGUCCAUCUGCACAGUACACAACAGGUAUACUCAGCCCUGAUUUUCACAUCACUUGCGGAAACCCUGGGAUCCAACUGCGACAGAACAGUCAGGAGUCUAUCCACAUGGAAGUGUUCUUACAUGCAAAUAUUCAUCUGAAGAAAAAAAAAAAAUUCAAUAUCACAAAUGAUUUGAAAAGUGAAAACGAGAUGUAUCGCUGAAUAUAAACCCUAGCUACAAAUUAUUUCGUACACUACAAACAAGGAGUUUGACAUCCAUGGUCAUAUCAAGUGAUCUUAUGGCAAUGAACUAUACAAACCGAGGAACAAACACCAAGUGGGACAGGAAAGAAUGUCUCCCAAACUUAUCAUCAUCAUUAUCAUAAUCAUAAUCAUUAUCAUAAGCAAUGAUCCAUCAGAAAAUCACAGCUGCUUGAGGUAGAGAAAAGCAAACAGAAUAGGAAAAAAGUGGGAAGUUCUUCAUUCUUAUCACCAAAUGGAGCACAAAAAAGGAUUUCUAAAACACUGUGUAAAAGAAAAGAGUAGGAUUUUUUUCUUUAAUUUUUUUUAGAAUGGGAAUCUAAAUUUUGCAACCCAAAAUGCUACUAUGGUCCUAUAUGAGCUGAGGUCGGAUUAUGCCUUUAGUGAGAUGUUAAGUGUUGGAAAUAUAGGCUAUGUUAAACACUUAUCGUUGUAGAUCCUGAACUCUGUGUUAUGUUGUAGAUCCAAAAUCAUUCAGCGUCAGAUACGCAGUGGAGAGCUGCCCACUGGAAGAUACUGUUGGAAACUGUAAAGAUUAGGCUGUUGUACGUCAUUGCAGUUCUCAGAGUAUCUCAGAUCCACCCCACUCACUAAUCAGGGCACAGAGGGAUGAGCAGGCAUCUAGAUUUCCUAUGACAUGUUCACACAGAGACCGAACAAGAGGAACGAAAUAGCCACAGUCACUCCUCUUCUGUCAUAUAAAGAGACAACGAGAAGGAAAAUGUUUUAGCCUCCACUAUCUUCUCAUUUGAUUCCUAGUAGAACUUCCAUAAGUGGAAGUCCAAAAAGGUCAUUUUUUGUGUCCUCUUUUAUAUUUAUAUUAUUUUUUUGAGCUGAGAUGUGAGAUGUUACCAUCAACAAAAUGAAAAAAGUGAAUGUCAAAAAACAAAAAUAUAAAUAUUUACAUUUUAAUUGAUUUAUUUAAAGACACAUUUAUUUAUUUUUAUUUAUUUAUUUAUUAAAUUAUUUAUUUAUUAGUGUUCAGGCUGCUCAAGUCAAAAUGACGGGAGGAAAAAUGAGCAACUUCCUAUUUGUAUUUGUAUGCUGCAAAUGUCAUUCUAAAAACCAUUUCAACAGCCUAAUUUUCUUCAUCUCAUUUUCAUUUCAUUUUGAAUUAAAAAAAAGGCAAACUCACAAAGGAGUAAACUGGAGAACAACUUUGAACAAUCCACCAAGCAAUGACUCCAUGCCUCGGACGUCUCCCACAGGGAAAAGAUUUCAAAACCCUUAAGGAUGUACAACAUAAAGACUGAAGUGAACCUUACGGAAACAGAGGAACAAAAUAGAGGGAAUGAGAAGGAGGCCCUCUCUGUUCGCUCUCCAUCUUUGAGAAUGUUACCCAGACAAGAGCCCAAAGUUUCGGACUCGUGCGUACCGGGCCAGCCCUUCGUACGAAAUGCGAGCAGUAUUCUGUCUUUUUUCACACAUGCACACACACACACUUAGACACACAAGAAGACUCUCCUUCUCAAUACUGACAAUAUGAAACAAAAUGAAUGAUAACUGGACUUUGAUACUGGAAUGCACUGUCCUAAAAAGAGAAUUGUAUUCAAACAAAUAGUUGUCCCUUUCCUCGCCCACCCAUGGGGAUCAGUGAAGUGCUCUUUUAAGUGCAGACUCAGGAUCAGUGGGGCUUUUUAGCUCAUUAUGUUCACGAAUGAGGGGAACCUGAUCCUGAAUAUCCACUUAAAAGCUCUUUUUCCAAUGAGGCUCUCUGCCCUGAAGCCCAGAAUCUGACCAUAAUGCUCCACUCUCUCUCUCCCACCUUCUGGUCCACUCUUUUCCUGACGCAAGGAGCACUAAAUGCAAAGCAAGGUUUUGCUCUGGUCCCACCUCUGCCACCAUCCCGCAGCCAUCACGUCCACUCUUGCCCAAAAAUAGCAUAGCGGAAUACAUAUACACUGAGCUUCGAACUGUGUAGUCAUCAAGCAGCUCCUGCAUCACCAUGAAUUGAUUUUGAAUAGCACAUUGAAUAUAUUUCACUACUGUUGAAUGUUUAGGAGCAUUGUUCUUUAGAUAUAAUAAGGGGUAUGUUCUUAUUUUAGUACACUCCAAAUGCCUUAAGUCCACAUAUACAAAACGGUCAGCAUGCGCGCUCUCAAACAUGCCCGGUCACUUGCAGAGGCAGAGGAAAUGCCAGAGCAAAACCCUGAAGAUGUUCUAUGUUCAAUUCUGUUAGUUCUCAGGCAGGGUAAGUCUGGGAGUGUGCAAAUACAGACUGUGUGGACACCAGCUCUGAGUGAAUGUGAAAUACACUCCACAUACUUUCUCUGUGUUCAUAACACUUUCCUGCUCUGUGUGUCCAUCCCUUCCUCUUCCCCUUCACAUUAUGCACUGAAUGAUAUUCUGUUUUUGUUACUCGCCUCACACAUACAGCACACGUAUCACAUUUCAUAUGUAUUGUUAGUCUUCACUUAUUUACCAUACAUUAUAUACCUCGUCCUGCUCCUGCCCCCCAAUCAUAGAAUUAUACUUUAGACCACCCCUUCCAUCUUCUCUCAUUAUAUACAUAUGCCCUGCCUGCCCCCAAUGUAUGCUCACCCCCCCCAUCUCUGUUCAUUGUAAACAGAAAAUAUUACUCGUAUCUUCAUUCUUUAUCCAUUCUAUAUUCACCUGAUGAUUAUUGAUUAUCUUUGUCGUCAUAACUGAUUACUCCUCUUAAGAUUGUAAAGCUGUACUCUUUCUUCCCCAUUGCGCACAGUAGGAACAUUUUUUCAUAAGAAAUGCAAGUCAUUAAAUUGGAGGGAAAAAAUAAUGAUGAGAAAAUAAAUGUCUGUGUUAUAAUUUAAAAAAUGAAAGUGCACUAUUAUUGCCUGUGAUAAAGAACAAUAAACAAUACAAAAACUA